AUGUGGUCUCCAAGGGGCGUACACUUCCUCAUUGGAUUCUCAGCCGUCCUGGCCUGCUUAUCCCUUCUUUCUACUAUUUGGCUUUUCCACAGCACCGCGGCAACGAGGCUAUUCGACACCCUCAACACCUCCAAAGAGCUCAAAGCCGACAAAGUCUUCGCCACGUUCCUCACCUCGUCCAGCGAUGUCGAACUCUCCCCAUCCGAAGACAACUAUUUCAUCGCCACGCGCAUGCUGAUUUACCAAAUGCUGCACGCGCACGAAACGCGACUACGCCACCCCGUCCCGUUCAUCGUCUUCGUCACCAACGCCGUCUCCGCCGAGAAAUGCAGGCGCCUCACCCGCGACGGCGCCACGGUCAUCGAGCUCGCCCACCUCUCGGCCGACUGGGUCGAGCCGACCGAAUCACGCUGGUCCGACGUCAUGACCAAGCUCCGCAUGUGGGAGAUGGAGCAAUUCGGGCUGAUCGCCUUCAUCGACGCCGACAUGGUGCUUACCCGGCCCAUCGAUGAGCUCUUCCUCGAUCCCGCCGUGCGCGAGUGCACCACACGCAACAGGGCAGACAGCGACGUCGUGCAAGGCCCCGUGCCCGAACCGCCGUCGUACCUGCUCGCAGCCAUCACGCAGAUCGAAAAGGGCCACGACUUCCCGCCCAUCCACCGGCCGCACGACCUGCCGAACCCGUACUUCUUCAACGCCGGCUUGAUGGUGUUUCGGCCGGACCGCAAGCUAUUCGCGCUGUACGAGUGGGUGCUGGGGCAGCCGGGGGUGUUCGACCCCGGGUUGCCAGAGCAGGGGCUGUUGAACUACGUGCACCAGGUCAACGGGAACAUGCUGUGGACGAAGCUGGAUCCCGUCUGGCAGACGCAGUACCCGAGCCGGAAUGAUGUCGAGCACGGCGUGUACAUGCUGCAUGACAAGUGGUGGCAUGUCACGCACGAGAAUGAGACGGGCGAGCUGUUCCGCGCGUGGAGGUGGAGGAUGGAGGGAUUCUACGAGGCGUAUGAUCGCCUGCACUAG